AUGGGGCAACACAUCAUCGACACGCUGGUGGAAGGGCUUUCCAAGCUCGAGUACAGGGGCUACGACUCGGCGGGCAUCGGUAUCGAUGGUGAGAAGGAGUUCGACGAGUCCACCUCUGCCAAGGAGAUUGCCGUGUACAAGCAGGUUGGCAAGGUUGCAAACCUCAAGGACGAGAUUAAGUCGCAGAACCUGAACACUUCCGAGACGUUUGCCAACCAUGUGGGUAUCGCACACACCAGAUGGGCCACCCACGGAGGUGUCACCCAGACGAACUGCCACCCACAGCCCUCUGACGACAAAAACGAGUUCAUCGUGGUCCACAACGGCAUCAUCACCAACUACAGAGAGCUCAAAACGUUCCUGAAGAGCAAGGGCCACACCUUCAGAUCGGACACCGACACCGAAGUUAUCGCCAAGCUGUUCAAAUACUAUUUCGACAAGGACAACGACCUGGAAUUUUACCAGCUGGCCAAGGAGGUCCUGUACCAGCUGCAGGGGUCCUACGGUCUGAUGGUCAAGUCGAUCCACUAUCCUAACGAAUUGGUGGCCACCAGAAAGGGUUCUCCGCUGUUGAUUGGUGUCAAGAGCGAGCAGAAGCUCAAGGUGGAUUUUGUGGACGUCGAGUUCAUCUCUGAUCCUGCCACGACUACACAGGGCACCAACGGAUCGAGCUACUCCAACUCGUUCCUGACUCUGCCUACUAAUAGCGAGAUGACACUGAGAAAAUCCGAGUCGAGAGCUAUCUUGCCCGACUACAACAAACCAAUCGAGUUCUUCGUGUCUUCGGACGCCUCGUCGGUCAUUGAGCACACCAAGAAGGUGCUGUUCCUGGAAGACGACGACAUCGCCCACAUUGACAACGGAGAAUUGCACAUCCACAGAGCGUCCAAGGCAGCAGGAAUGUCCACCACCAGACCCGUUCACACUUUGGAGAUGCAACUGGCCGAGAUCAUGAGAGGCGGCUACGACCAUUUCAUGCUCAAAGAGAUUUUUGAGCAGCCAGAUUCCACCUUCAACACCAUGAGAGGUAGAAUCGACUUCAAGAACAAAAGCAUCACUCUUGGAGGCAUCAAGGAGUUUCUGACCAGUAUCAGACGUUCGAGAAGGUUCCAGAUGAUUGCCUGCGGAACUUCCUACCAUUCGUGCUUGGCUGUGAGGUCUUUAUUCGAAGAGCUGACAGAGGUGCCAGUUUCCGUGGAUCUAGCCUCUGAUUUCCUGGACAGAUCUCCGCCUAUCUUCAGAGACGAUACGUGCAUCUUUGUUUCUCAAUCUGGCGAGACAGCAGAUUCCAUGAUGGCUCUCAAGAGAUGCCGUGCUGCUGGAGCAUUGACCGUUGGUGUGGUCAACUCUGUUGGUUCAAGCAUUUCCAGAGAAACCGACUGUGGUGUUCACAUCAACGCUGGUCCUGAGAUCGGCGUGGCUUCCACCAAAGCCUACACCUCUCAAUACAUUGCGCUGGUCAUGCUUGCCCUGCAGAUCUCCAACCAUGUGAUCACCAAUUCCAGGCGCCAUCAAGAGAUUAUCAAGGGACUGGAAGAGAUCCCUACCCAGAUUGAGAAAAUUCUACAGCAAAGCAAAAAAAUCAAGGAGAUCUCCGAGAAGUAUUUGCACAACAAGCAGUCCAUCCUGGUUGUUGGCCGAGGCUACCAAUAUGCCUCUGCUCUGGAAGGUGCUUUGAAGAUCAAGGAAAUUUCCUAUAUUCAUUCGGAAGGUAUUCAGGCCGGAGAAUUGAAGCACGGAGUUCUGGCUCUGGUUGACGACAAGCUGCCGAUUGUGGCAUUUGCUACGCAGGACUCGUUUUCCGCGAAACUGAACUCUGCCAUCCAACAGAUCACCGCCAGAGACGGCCGUCCAAUAAUCAUUGCAACCGAGGGAGACAGGCUUAUAGACCGUUCGAAGGCCUCGGCUGUGAUUGAGGUUCCAAAGUCUGUGGACUGCUUGCAAGGAUUGCUGAACAUCAUUCCUGUGCAGCUGAUGAGCUACUACCUGUCUGUUGCUGCCGGCAACAAUCCCGACCGCCCAAGGAACCUUGCCAAGUCGGUCACCGUUGAGUAA